CACUCUUCAAUUUUCACAAUUUCCUUCCUCAGCUAUAGUUGUUGAAGCAAAGGGAGAAAAAACUAAGGAACAUAGCAUUGCUCCUCCUAGAUUCUAAUCUCUGGCUAUUCUAACCUUGCAUACAUGGCUACAUUAGUGAAACGCAAGACUUGUUCAAUUGUUGCAGCAACAUGGCUCGUCUUGUGUAUUCUUACUAUGAUUUGCAGUGUCAGUUUAGCAGAUAGAAUGUUGAAAGAAAAAGAAACAGGAAAUGAUGCUAAGAAAGAGAGACAAGGAGUUCUGAAAGCCAUUGCAAAUUUCUUGUGGGAAGAUGGAAAGUCUUCCUACGAACCUGUUUGGCCGAACAUGAAAUUUGGUUGGAGAAUUAUAGUAGGAUCCAUCAUUGGAUUUUCGGGAGCUGCAUUGGGAAGCGUUGGAGGGGUAGGAGGUGGAGGAAUUUUUGUUCCUAUGCUCGCUUUGAUCAUUGGCUUUGAUCCCAAGUCUUCAACGGCCAUUUCUAAGUGUAUGAUAAUGGGUGCAUCAAUAUCAACUGUGUACUACAAUCUGAGGCUCAGACACCCAACACUGGACAUGCCCCUCAUAGACUAUGACCUGGCUUUGAUCUUUCAGCCUAUGCUGAUGUUAGGAAUAAGCAUUGGUGUUAUAUGCAAUGUCAUGUUUGCUGAUUGGAUGGUCACAGUUUUGCUUAUCAUCUUAUUCGUAGCCACAUCAUCAAAAGCUACAUACAAAGGCAUAGAUACAUGGAAAAAGGAAACAAUUGCAAAGAAGGAAGCAUCCAAACUGCUGCAACAAGCAGAACCAGAACCUGGUGAUGACUACAAGUCAAUACCAAGUGGUCCAACUGAUUCACUGUUCGAGGAGGCUCCUUUACUAAAAAACAUAUAUUGGAAAGAACUAUCACUCCUAGUAUAUGUCUGGGUGGCCUUUUUCAUUGUUCAGAUUGUUAAGGAAUACAGCAAGCCCUGCUCCAUCCAGUUCUGGGUUGUUAAUUUCUUGCAGGUUCCUAUUGCGAUCUCUGUUACACUUUUUGAAGCCAUAGGCUUGUACAAAGGAACUAGAGUGAUUGCAUCAAAGGGAAAGGAAAUUACCCAUUGGAAGAUUCAUCAGAUCUGUCUCUACUGUUCCACUGGAAUAAUGGCUGGUAUGGUUGGAGGAUUGCUUGGUCUAGGAGGUGGAUUCAUUUUGGGACCAUUGUUUCUGGAAUUGGGAAUUCCUCCUCAGGUAGCAAGUGCCACAUCAACUUUUGCUAUGGUUUUUUCAUCCUCCAUGUCAGUGGUGCAAUACUACUUGUUGGAUCGUUUCCCAGUACCGUAUGCUUCCUACUUUGCUCUGGUUGCAACCUUAGCUGCUUUCACUGGUCAGCAUGUGGUGAGAAAGAUAAUUGUAGUUCUUGGGCGAGCAUCCAUUAUCAUCUUCAUACUAGCAUUGACCAUUUUCAUCAGCGCACUAAGUUUAGGUGGAGUGGGAAUAGAGAACAUAAUUGAGAAGAUAGAAAAGCAUGAGUAUAUGGGCUUUGAAGAUCUCUGUGCGUCUUAUUAGAGUUCCUAAACAUUAUUCAAACGGUUCAUUUAAUUCGGGCAACGAGAAGAUUGUGUUUUGUAUCUUAUUUUCCUUUAUCUCAAUGUUGAUGUCAAGCAUUUCACUUUGGUUUCUGAAAAAUCAUGUGCCACGAAAACAAAGCACUGGGAUAUAUAUUCUCUGAUCAUUUAGACAGCACAUCUGACAUAUCAUGGGCUAUGAAUGAUGAAAAUAAAAUUUUGGCUCUGCUAUUUUA